UUGAUCUCUUGACUUUGACAUGUCUGUGUUGUCUGUCCUUUAGCGAUUUCGAUUUUCAGUCAGGUUCAGGUUUUCAGUUUUCGACAGCAGGCUGAUUUCUUGCAAGUUUUUAUGAGUGAUUAGUACCACAUAUUAGGUACUAAUAACCUACGUCAACUUAUCAUAAACAAGUAAUAAUUUGAAAUGAAGGCAUUAAUUCAAAGGGUUAUGAAUGCAAGUGUUACUGUCAAUGGCGAAAUUAUCAGCAGUAUAGAGCAAGGUGUAUGCGUUCUUAUAGGAAUUUGUAACAAUGAUACUGUAAAAGAUAUGGAAUACAUAGUGAAGAAAAUUUUAAGCAUAAAAAUAUUUGAUGAUGGAACAAAUAAGAGAUGGAAGAAAAAUGUUGUAGAAUCACAAUUUGAAGUGCUGUGUGUCAGUCAGUUCACUUUAUAUAACACUUGGAAGGGUACCAAACCUGAUUUCCAUCAUGCCAUGCCUGGAGAAAAAUCUAAAGAGUUCUAUGAAAAGUUUUUGCAAAUGUUGAGAGAUCAGUACAAGCCUGACAAAAUCAAAGAUGGAGAGUUUGGAGCCUACAUGCAAGUGUGCAUACAAAACGACGGACCAGUGACAUUCGCAAUAGAAUCCCCCAUCAAAGAGCAGGAUAAGUCACACAAAGGGGAUGCAAAGAAAUCCUCUCUAGUUAAUUCGAAUGAAAAUGUCUUAGAUGAUUGUAAGAGCUAAAUUACAUUAUAUUUAAUCAACAGUCUGAAGAUUCUAUUGGCCACCCCAGGUUGGUUCACGUGAACCCAUAAUUAAAAAUAACCUGAAGGUUUCCUUCACCUCUGUGCUAAAUUUCAUCAAAAUCCGUCCAGUAGUUUAUUAAUUACAAACAAAAAAAAUGCUAUAAAUCAGGCCAAUAUACCACGGGCUAGUAUAAGAAUGUUUUUAUACUAUUGAAUCGUGGCAAAGGGGGCAGGGACGUCAUCUGUGCUGCGCUUUCCGUGGUAUUCCCUAUUCCUUGCGUAAUACCAUGGGCUCCCAACGAGAACAGCUGCCGAAUAUUUAGUUUAAAUUAACAAUAGAUGGCACCAUACGUAACAAAUAAGAAUGAACUGAACAUUUCUCUAAUUAUUUAUGAUUUUAAAAAUACGUUAACUUUAAAAUAUGCUUAAACUAAUGAAAAAUAUUAUAUUAAAUGUCAAAUUUAAGAUUAUUUUAGCAAUAUCAAUAAAGGUUCGAAAAUACCAAGAAAGCAUUGAUUUCUCUUAAUCUUUCGCCAUCUAGUGGGGAAAUGAAUGUUUCAAAAAUAUAUCACUAGAUGGCAUUUUUUUCAUUUUAUACACUAUCGUCGAACUCAGACUGAUACCGACGCGAAUUAAUAAACAUAGCGUAGUUUGUAUGAGAGCUUUUAUUUACCGCAAUCAAAAACAAGCAAUGUAUGUCGAAUGUAAUAUGUAGACGGUAGUAUAUAUGUUUUGGCUACUACAAACUAUCCGUAAACUCUGACACGAAUAUAUGUUUAUGCAUGAAACAAGGAAAAAACAUUUAUCAUAACAUUUUGAUAAUGCACCUGAUUCUGUCAUACGAUCGCAGAAAUUCGAAAGAAAAAGAAACUUUUAUUAACGUUUAGUUCACUGUUAUUGCGACUUAAACAAUCAUUUCAUUUUAGAAUUAUGUAUCAACGUAUUAUUUUUUUAAAUAUAGAAAAAAAAAUGUUCAGUUAAAAUACUUAUGUUUUAUACGAUAUAUACCUAUGAAUACCUAAUUCAAUGAUCAAAUUGUUAAAAAAUGUGUAAAUAUUCUGCAGAUCAUUACAAAAAUUUGUCGAAACUAAACGCAGGCCUCAAGUGAAGUUUCAAGGAAAAGUUUGUUUAUGUUUACCUACCUACUUACUUCGCUUUGUUGUUUACCGUUGAGUUGAGUGCGCACCCCAUUUUUGUUUUAAUUUUUAUCUACGACCUGGCACUGAUUAUCGGACCUUUGAAUUGGAUCUUCUUACGAAUACAACUAAUUGGCAUUGAAUCAGGACACCGACAAGUAUAACUAACACGAAAAUAAUUGGCUAUUCACACCGGACUCUGACAUCCUCCGCACACGAUUAUUUUGGCUUUCUUUCACACUGGACUUUACUGGAUCUGAGCUGACUAAACGGCACAAAAUGGCACCUACCUGUGCUUAUUUUAAUUGUGAUAAUUCUUGGGGUGAAAAACCUAUGUUUCGAUUCCCUACCGGAGAUCCGCCUCGUUUACAACUUUGGUUACAAAAUUGCGGUAUGACCCUAGUUAUAUAUUUAUUAAUGAAUGACUCAAUUAAAUAUAGGUAGGUACCUAUCUAGGUACUGUAACCAUGGACUUCAAUCGCCCUCAUUGUGAUAACUGGAUUAUUAGGUACGUCAUUAUCAUCAUCAUUAUUAUAUAGUAUAAAACAAAGUCGCUUCCCAUUGUCUGUCUGUCCCUAUGUAUGCUUAGAUCUUUAAAACCACAAAUUAAAUAAUACCCCAGUUUAAAACAAUGCAACAGAUUUUGAUGUGGGUUUUUUAAUAGAUAGAGUGAUUCAAGAGGAAGGUUUAUAUGUAUGCUAGCUUCGCCCCGGGCUUCGCUACCAUGGGAAUUUGGAGAUAAAAACUACCCUAUGUGUUAUUCCAGGUUACAUUCGACCCGUGCACCAUAUUUCAUAACAAUCCGCUCAGUAGAUUUUGUUGACAGUUUGAGUUGACUUGCUUGUUUUUGUUAAAUAUCAUAUUUAUAUCUGAUACCAAACAUAUAAGCUAGAUAUUUUUAAUAAAUAUAUUGUUGUAUUAAGCAAACAAUGAAUAAAAUAAAUUCCCGCUGUCUGGAUGGAAUGAUGAUGAUUUUGAUGCGGGUUUUUUAUUUAGAUAAGAGUGUUUCAAGAGAAAGGUUUAUAAUUUAUGAUGGUUUUACACAAGUGAAGCCGGGAAGGGCCUCUAGUAUAUUUAUAAUUUGUAGGAGAAUGGAUAGAUUCUUUAUAAUCAAUUGGUUAUUUAUAAAUUACAGUGGGGAGUUUCAAAACUAAUUCAUUAAAUUAAUGUAUUUAAAAAUACAUACAUAUAUAUGCUAUAUUCUAGAUGUUAUGUUAUAUUCUAGAUGACAUAUUGCAAAUAAAAACAAAAAGUUAUUGUAACUACCUACCCAUUAUUGAUUUUUUCUGACAAGAAAAAUAAUAUUCUAGGUAAUAUGACCAUUAGCCAUUUGCCUUUAUGCCUCAAGAUAAAUUAAGAAACAAACGUAUAUGUGUAGAUCAUUUUGAUAAGAUAUUUAUACAAAAUAAAUUUGGAAAACGACUGAGAUUGUCAAAAUUGGCAGUUCCUAUAAACUAUAGAGAGGAUCAAACUUUAAGCUGUUCGCCCCAUUCACCUGUUCCAUCUACAUCUCAAGGUAACAUAUUUAAUUGUACAAAAAUAUUGAGACAGUUUGCUCAUAUUCUCAAUAUUCAUGACAGCCACGCCAAAGAGAUUCUCUAAUUAUAUUUAUAUUGAUAGCUCUCUCCCUCGGGAUCAGGCCUCCACUCUUGUGAGAAAUUCAGCAUAAAAGUACCCUAUGAGCAAUUUCAAGUUUUAUUCUGCAUAAAAAUAGCCUAAAGAUCCCAAUUACAUACAACUUUUAUUUAUUCCCUCUGGUUAAUGAUAUAAACAUUUUUUUCUUCAGCACUCACAUCAUAAUAUGUUUCAGUAUACCUUUUGACCAUGUGCUUUAUUGUGUACUUACGUUGUUAUAUUACAGAAAAAAUGAUAUAUACAUUUAUAUUUAGAAAAACUGUAAGCCCUUCUGGCAUGGACCAACACUGUUUGAAUGAGUUUCUUUCGGCAUUUCUUCUCAGCUGUAGUCAUUCCAAAAUGCUAGUAGUUUGUAGCUUUAGUAUUAUUUAAUUUAGAAUAUGACGUGAAAAAGUGCCUGUGAAGGCCUAAUUUCUAUUUUUGUAAUGUAUUUACUGUUUAGAAGAUGAUGAUGAUUUUGAUUUUUGUAAUGUAUUUACUGUUUAGAAGAAAACUCAUAUGACACCCCUCAUUUCAAGUAACUACAUGAAAUUCUGUUUACUAUUUACUUGUAAUAAUAUCAAAAUAGUAUAUAUAAUGCUAAAAUGUUAGCUAAGAAAGCUAUGUUUGUUCGACAGAUAUAUUAAAUAUUACGUUUAUGGUGCUCACUUCUUAAUAAAAGUUGUUACUACAUUUUUAUUUUUUUAUGAUGGUUAAAUUUAUUUUUAUAACUUCAUACUUUUUAAAAAGGGACUCUAUCCAACCGACUUUAAAUCUUCGUAUUUAGAACCAGCUCCAUUUUUACAGUCUAUGAUAUAUCAUAAUGAUCCUAAAUAUAUCUAUUUUAUCUAGAUUA